CAUGCAACAAGUCCUAGAGACGACUAGACUAUAUAGAGGAGAGCUAAUUGACUCCUAACCCGUAACCGCUCGAGCAUAAACACCACCAUUUGCUCACACGUUUGUCGUGCAGAGAGAAGAGAAGGCAAGGCAAGGGAAGGGAAGGCAUCCAUUCGACGCUUGCUUUGCAUGACCACCACCACCACCAUCACCAGUAAAUGCCAGGGCUCUGCUGAUAACCUCCUCUCCGACUCCGAGCGCCAACCACCGUCUUUUCCUCUCCUCCAUCUUCUUCGUCUUCUCAGUCUCACACCAAGAACACACACAGAGAGACAAUCCAUCCAUAUAUACAAACAGGACGACACAGGUCGUCGGUGGAUUACUCCGUCACAGUCUUCGCGUUCGUGCCGACGAGGCGGAGCAACGACAACGAUGGGGCAGCAGGAGGAAUUAGCGGCCGUGCUGAAGCCGCCGGCCGGCAUGGUCUUCUCGUGGGAGCCAGUCGCAGUCAUCUCCACCAAGCCAGCCGCCGUGGAAGCCCGCGGUGACACCAUCGUCAUGCCGCCGGGGAGCCCGACGAAGAAGGCGGCAGCGGCACCACCGGCGCGCCGGCUCUCGGUGCCACCGCCGCCGGGCAGGACCGCGACGAGGAGCCUGUCGUCGAGGGGCGCCAGCGGCCGCGCCGUCCGGCCAGAGGAUGACCCGUUCCUUGCCGCGUACCUGGCGUGCACCAAGAGCACCAAAGGGGGAAGGGACGCCGGUGGCACGCCGGGGGAGGCCAAUAAGCAGGGCCGGAGCCGGUUCACGUGGGCGCGGCUCGGGCUCUCCUGCAAGAGCUCUGCCGGCGUCGUCGAGCGGAGCAUGGUGAAGGUGGCCAAACGGCCGGAGCUGGAUCCUAGAGAUGCCUGAUCCACCGGCCAUGGCCAGUUCGUCUUCUUCUAGUCAGUACUUAGUCUCAUGUUCAGUUCUAGCUUUUUUUCCCCUUGUUCUUCUUGUUUUCUUUCAGUGUGACAGCGUCAAGCUUAAAUUAGCGAGGGUUAUGCGUGCGUGGUGAUGGAAUUAAGAAUCACUUGUGAAUAAAUGAAAAAGAUACAUAUUUGCAAUCUCAUCUUCCUUUUAGUUUGA